UAGAGCCGGCCGCAGACCGGAGCCCCGGCAGCCGAGGACGCAUUGCCUGACGACGGCUCGCAGCCGCAGACGGAGCGGCCGCGCGGAGUACGCGCAGAUGGGUAACCCCGGUCGGCGGCGACGCGGCGAUCCUGGUUCGCGCCGGGUCCUGGAGGACCGCGGCUCCGAGGUUCUUGCUGCAGGCCCUGGAAACUCCAGGCACUGCCUUCGGAAACUGCAGCUCUUCUGGGGCGUAGAUGAAGGAAAUGCUUGUGGCCAGACAUCUUCAAGAUUGCCCCUGAAAAAAAAAGGAGGCAGGGAUGGUGUUAUUGACAAGCACCCCAGCUUUGGAGAAACCCUGCUCUGAAGAUGUUUGCUUUUGGUGAGAAAGGAGGAAACACCCUGUAAACAAACUUUUGUGUCUGCAUCUAUUGUGAGGCUGUGCAUGAUCAUGGAUGUAGAUUUACACCAGUGUUGCUGGUGAGCCUUGACUUCUCACCUCUGUGGACAUGAGUGACCCAAGGCUGUCACAGGCAGAGAAGCACAAGCUUGGCAGAGCCUCUUCCAAAUUCAAAGAACUUCCCAGAACCAUGCAGUCGGAUGACUAUUUUGCUCGGAAAUUUAAAGCCAUCAAUGGCAAUAUGGGACCUGCUACUUCUUUAACAGCCUCCAAUCUGAGUGAGGGUGGUGGAGGUGGCGGUGGACCGGCCAGUGGUACCCCAGCGGUGCCCAAGAUGGGCGUGAGGGCCAGAGUGUCUGAGUGGCCUCCUAAGAAAGACUGUUCAAAGGAACUGGCCUGCAAGACCCUGUGGGAGAGCCGAUCUCAGUCCAGCUACGAGAGUGUCACCUCCAUCAUCCAGAAUGGCCAGGGUGACCAGGGUGAUGGGCAGCAAGAGGAGCAGCUGGACCUGGACUUUGUAGAAGCCAAAUACACUAUCGGAGACAUCUUUGUUCAUUCUCCCCAGAGAGGACUCCACCCCAUACGGCAGAGGAGCAACAGUGACGUCACCAUCAGCGACAUCGAUGCUGAGGAUGUCCUGGAUCAGCAUGCUGUUAACCCCAACACGGGGGCUGCCUUGCACAGGGAGUAUGGGAGCACCUCAUCCAUUGACAGGCAGGGCCUAUCUGGAGAGAAUUUUUUUGCCAUGCUCCGUGGGUACCGAGUGGAGAAUUAUAACCCCAAAGCAGUCAGCUCCUUUGGGUUCCCUGAUUUCUUCCCCUGUGAUGCUGGCAUCUCUCCAAGCCUCCACGCUGCAGCCCAGAUCUCUAGAGGAGAAUUUGUCCGAAUCUCAGGACUGGACUACAUGGAUGGCGCCCUCUUGAUGGGGAGGGACAGAGACAAACCCUUUAAGCGCAGAUUAAAAUCGGAGUCAGUGGAAACAUCACUCUUCCGAAAACUUCGGACAGUUAAGAGUGAGCACGAGACCUUAAAGUUCACUUCUGACCUGGAGGAGGGCCGCCUGGACCGGGGUGUUCGUCCUUGGAGUUGCCCACGGUGUUUUGCCCAUUAUGAUGUCCAGAGUGUCCUCUUCAACAUCAAUGAAGCCAUGGCCACAAGGGCCAGCGUGGGGAAGAGAAAGAACAUCACCACAGGGGCCUCAGCUGCAUCGCAGACCCCAGUGCCCACAGGCUCAACAGGAGGCUGUGAAUCCCCACUGGGCAGCAAAGAGGACCUCAACUCAAAGGAGAACCCGGAUGCUGAUGAAGGUGAUGGGAAGAGCAAUGACCUGGUCCUCAGCUGCCCUUACUUCCGGAAUGAGACUGGUGGGGAAGGUGACCGGCGCAUUGCUCUCUCUCGAGCCAACUCAGCCUCUUUCAGCUCUGGGGAGAGUUGCUCCUUUGAGUCAUCCCUCAGCUCGCACUGUACCAAUGCGGGCGUCUCUGUCCUGGAGGUGCCUCGUGAGAACCAGCCCAUCCACAGGGAGAAGGUCAAGCGGUACAUCAUUGAACACAUUGACCUUGGGGCCUACUACUACCGCAAAUUCUUCUAUGGGAAAGAGCACCAGAACUACUUUGGAAUAGAUGAAAACCUUGGCCCCGUGGCAGUCAGCAUCCGGAGGGAGAAAGUGGAAGACCCCAAGGAGAAAGAAGGGUCCCAGUUCAACUACAGGGUGGCCUUCAGAACAAGUGAGCUCACUACCUUGAGAGGAGCGAUCCUGGAAGAUGCUGUCCCUUCCACAGCAAGGCACGGCACUGCCCGGGGCCUGCCCCUCAAGGAGGUCCUGGAGUAUGUCAUCCCAGAGCUGAGUAUCCAGUGCCUGCGGCAGGCGGCCAACUCCCCCAAGGUUCCCGAGCAGCUGCUCAAGCUGGAUGAACAGGGGCUGAGCUUUCAGCACAAAAUCGGGAUCCUGUACUGCAAAGCUGGCCAGAGCACGGAGGAGGAGAUGUAUAAUAAUGAGACUGCAGGGCCUGCCUUCGAGGAGUUCCUGGACCUUCUGGGUCAGAGAGUGCGGCUGAAAGGCUUCAGCAAGUACCGUGCACAGCUAGACAACAAGACCGAUUCCACCGGCACACACUCCCUCUAUACCACUUACAAAGACUACGAGCUCAUGUUCCACGUGUCAACAUUGCUUCCCUAUAUGCCAAACAACAGGCAGCAGCUCCUGAGGAAGAGGCACAUUGGGAAUGACAUCGUCACCAUUGUCUUCCAGGAGCCUGGUGCGCUCCCCUUCACCCCCAAGAACAUUCGCUCUCACUUCCAGCAUGUCUUCGUCAUAGUGAAGGCGCACAACCCAUGCACUGAAAACAUAUGCUACAGUGUUGGAGUUUCCAGAUCAAAGGAUGUGCCGCCCUUUGGCCCCCCAAUUCCCAAAGGUGUAACUUUUCCAAAGUCAGCUGUGUUCCGGGACUUCCUUUUAGCCAAAGUAAUCAAUGCAGAAAAUGCAGCCCAUAAGUCGGAAAAAUUCCGAGCUAUGGCCACUCGAACAAGGCAGGAAUACUUGAAGGACUUGGCCGAGAACUUUGUCACGACCGCCACAGUGGACACUUCUGCAAAGUUCAGCUUCAUCACCCUGGGUGCCAAGAAGAAGGAGCGAGUGAAGCCAAGGAAGGAUGCCCACCUGUUCAGCAUUGGGGCCAUCAUGUGGCAUGUGGUGGCUCGGGAUUUUGGCCAGUCGGCAGACAUUGAGUGUCUCCUGGGGAUCUCCAAUGAGUUCAUCAUGCUGAUUGAGAAGGAUUCCAAGAAUGUGGUGUUUAACUGUUCCUGCAGGGAUGUGAUUGGCUGGACGUCCGGGUUAGUGAGCAUCAAAGUCUUCUAUGAAAGGGGAGAGUGUAUCCUCCUGUCCUCAGUGGAUAGCUGUGCCGAAGAUAUCCGAGAAAUCGUGCAGCGACUUGUAAUAGUGACCAGAGGCUGUGAGACAGUGGAAAUGACCCUGAGGAGGAAUGGACUGGGCCAACUUGGCUUCCAUGUGAACUUUGAAGGAAUUGUUGCUGAUGUAGAACCUUUUGGUUUUGCCUGGAAGGCCGGCCUUCGUCAAGGGAGCCGGUUAGUGGAGAUCUGCAAGGUGGCUGUGGCCACCCUGACCCACGAGCAGAUGAUUGACUUGCUUCGGACAUCCGUGACUGUGAAGGUGGUUAUCAUCCAGCCCCAUGACGAUGGCUCUCCUCGCAGGGGCUGUUCAGAACUCUGCCGGAUCCCCAUGGUAGAAUACAAGUUGGACAGCGAGGGCACGCCCUGUGAGUACAAGACACCCUUCAGGAGGAAUACCACAUGGCACCGAGUGCCCACCCCUGCCCUGCAGCCAGUUUCUAGAGCUUCACCUGUGCCGGGCACACCUGACCGCCUGCAGUGCCAGCCUCUGCUCCAGCAGGCCCAGGCUGCCAUCCCUCGCAGCACAUCCUUCGACAGGAAGCUGCCUGAUGGCACCAGAAGUUCUCCCAGCAAUCAGUCAUCAUCCAGCGACCCAGGACCUGGCGGGAGCGGACCCUGGAGACCACAAGUGGGCUAUGAUGGGUGCCCAUCCCCUCUGCUACUCGAGCACCAGGGCCCAGGCUCUGUGGAGUGUGAUGGAGCCAGGGAGCGUGAAGACAUCAUGGAAGGAGGCAGGAUCCCAGAAACCAAAUGGCAUGGCCCACCUUCCAAAGUCCUGAGCUCCUACAAGGAAAGAGCCCUGCAGAAAGAUGGAAGCUGCAAGGACUCCCCCAACAAACUUUCUCAUAUUGGAGAUAAGAGCUGCUCCAGUCACUCCAGCAGCAACACACUCUCCAGCAACACAUCCAGCAACAGUGACGAGAAGCACUUUGGGUCAGGGGACCUCAUGGACCCUGAGUUGCUGGGGCUAACCUACAUCAAAGGGGCCUCCACUGACAGCGGCAUCAACACAGCCCCGUGCAUGCCAGCCACCAUCCUGGGCCCCGUGCAUUUGACAGGCAGCAGGUCCCUGAUCCACAGCCGGUCUGACCAGUGGGCUGAUGCUGCUGAUGUCCCAGGAGCUGACGAUGAGCCUGCCAAGAUGUAUGCCCUGCACGGCUUUGCCUCUGCCAUUUCCACCAGUGGGGCUGCAGAAGGCAGCAUGGGCGACCUCAGUGAGAUCUCGUCUCACUCCAGUGGCUCUCUCCAUUCAGGAAGCCCCUCGGCUCACUGUUCCAAAAGCACUGGGUCUCUGGACACCUCCAAAGUCUACAUCAUGUCUCAUAGUGGGGGUCAGCAGGUUCCUGGGGCCAUGGCAAAGCCCUACCACAGACAAGGGGCAGCAAACAAAUAUGUCAUCGGCUGGAAAAAGUCGGAAGGCAGCCCACCACCCGAGGAGCCUGAAGUGACCGAAUGUCCUCGGAUAUACAGUGAGAUGGAUGUCAUGUCCACAGCUGCUCAGCAUCCAGGAGUGGUGGGAGAUGCCAUUUCGGAAAUUCAGCAUGUCCUGUCCAAAGAUGACUUUCUAAAGUUGAUGCUUCCUGACAGCCCCUUAGUGGAGGAGGGGAGACGGAAGUUUUCAUUCUACGGGAACCUGUCUCCGCGGAGGUCACUGUACCGCACACUGUCUGAUGAGAGUGUGUGCAGCAAUCGGAGGGGCUCCUCCUUCGCCAGCUCAAGAAGCUCCAUCCUUGACCAGGCUCUGCCCAAUGACAUUCUGUUCAGCACUACGCCACCCUACCACAGUACACUGCCACCAAGAACCCACCCUGCACCCAGCAUGGGGAGUCUGCGGAAUGAGUUCUGGUUCUCCGACGGGUCCUUAUCGGAUAAAUCCAAGUGUGCAGAUCCUGGCCUGAUGCCCCUCCCAGACACAGCCACGGGGUUAGAUUGGUCCCACCUCGUGGACGCUGCACGGGCAUUUGAAGGUCUUGACUCAGACGAAGAACUCGGGCUUCUCUGUCACCACGCCUCGUACCUAGACCAGAGGGUGGCAUCUUUCUGUACCCUCACUGACCUGCAGCAUGGACAAGACCUGGAGGGGGCCUCAGAGCUGCCCCUGUGCGUGGAUCCCAAUAGCAAGGAGUUCAUGGACACACCUGGGGAGCGAUCACCCUCCACGUUGACCGGGAAAGUCAACCAGCUGGAACUGAUUCUACGACAACUGCAGACUGACCUUCGGAAGGAGAAGCAGGACAAGGCAGUGCUGCAGGCUGAGGUCCAGCACCUGAGGCAGGACAACAUGAGGCUGCAGGAAGAGUCUCAGACUGCCACAGCCCAGCUCCGCAAGUUCACUGAGUGGUUCUUCAGCACCAUCGACAAAAAGGCCUGACCAGCUGCUCCUCACGGGGACCACAGGCCGACUCUGCCUGCCUGCUGUCCCUUCCAAGUCCUAUUGUCACGUCUAUGUGUGCUUUCCACCACCCAUUAUAGAUGUCUCGCUGUUCUGUUCUGUGUCACGCCACUCACCCCAGCAGGACAGGACAGGACAGGGGGCCUGGGCUUCUGGAUAGCCACAGCAGAAGAUGAAUGUAAUUCCUGGUGAAGGCAGGUGUAGCGUGCUGUUGGCUGAGAGGCUCUCCAGACAGUACUCAGGCCCCAACUUCCGGGGAGACAAGAAUGUGGGUGUCACUUCCUGAAGCAGGUGACCUGCAGUGUUGCUAAGCCAGUGUACCAUAGCCAAGCUGUAGAAUUGUAAAAUAAAUAUGGAGGCAAAUAAUCAGACCUGUACUUUAAUGUUAAAGGUGCUCUAUUUUUUUGGAUGUACAAUAGUUUUAUUUCCACAACCACAUUACCAUAGCAAUAAGAAGGGGCACAGUAAGUAGUCAGCAAAGCUUUGUUGGAGAGAAGCACUGAAGUUUAACAGUAACUUGAAUGCUGUUACCGUAGACACUUAUUUAUUUGCAGGAACAAAAUGUGCCUGAAUAUUAACAGUGUUCUGACUUUUGUUUUCAUUUUAAAAGAGAUACAUAUGCCUUGUAAAUGGCUCGACCUGUUGUCGUCACUUCAUGUAGUUCACUUCGUAUUGUUGCUCUGCUGAAGAGAGUGAAUCGCUCUGCUCACUAGAGCUCCCUGGAUGCUGAGCACCAGCAGUAACCCAUGUACAAUCCCAGAUUUGUUUAUCUUUGUACAGAAGCUCUGAUGAAGUGUCUCAUAUUUAACACCCUUAUUUAAGCUUAUUUAACCUUACCUUGUUAAUUUUAUAAAGUUGAGUUUCACCUGCGCUAGCUUUGAGGCGCGAUGGAGAGAGGGAAAGGAGACAGGCAGCAGCCAGCUCGGUGCCAGGCAAGCUCACCGUGGACAGACUGAAGCGAAGCAGGUGGCCAAGUUGAGGACCUGAUGCCGCUAGUAAUGACGGUGUUUGUAUUGCUUUGCCAUUUUUAACUGUUACAUUUGAAAUGAACAUACAUUUUGCUUUUUUAAUAAAUGUUUAAAAGAA